UUUGAUAUUUCGUGAAAUUAUGUUAAUGUCAAAGUGAUGAUCAAUGAUAAACAUUGAUAAAUGACAAUUCUAUAUUCAGGUCAAUCGCACAGCGAUAAUAUGCUUGCAUUUCGUAAUAUCGCGAAACUUGAAUAAAUGAUCGCUGUUUAGUUGCACGAAUUCACCCGGCAUAAGGGGGUAAAGGGAACGUAACACCUGCGUGUUUACCCGCUGAAACAGCCCCGACCUGCUCGCGGCGGAACCGACCGCGACAGUUGCUCGCUGCGUCGGCAUGACGAAGGAUCGUUCCCUCGCACAGGGGCCCAGAAUUGAUCCAAAUGUCCUCGCGCACACCGAGUGUUCGUUCUAUCGUCGUCGUACUCAGUGUCGCCAUCGUGCGCAGCUAAUUCCGAGUGAUUCGAGUGUCCUCGUGAUGCGGGUGUUGCUCAAAAACUAUGAGAAGCCAAAAAGAAUGGGAAUACGUUCGUCUCCUGAGCGCAGAUUGCAUUAUUCGGAUUUAUCCAUUUUUUCUAACAAAUGUUUAAAAUUGUUCGAGUCGCUAUUAUCAAAUUAGAACUGUUACGAUUUUAUUUUACGAACCGAGCGCAGCUUGAACAUUCAUCUCGCCGUAAAUUUGAAUCGAUUGUGUAUCGACUAUCUCUCGGUAUGCUCGAUCGCCUCUGAGCUCUUUGACUUUUGAAUGACGCGCAGUAUGGCACCGCUUUACGACAAUCACGAUUAUUAUAAGAGGAUGUUUGAGCUUCAGGAAAAACUGCGAAAGAGUGAGGAGGACAGAAUACGAUUGGAAGAGCGAUUCAAUGUGCUCGUGCGAGAGUCUCGUAAUAGACACGACACUUGUAUAAAUCGAAUGCGCACGAGGUACAUACAAUAUUUGGAAGAGCAACGCACAAGGGAUGAGAGGAAUCAUAAGCUCCUUGCAGCGUUGGACAAGGUCAUGAACAAACUCGCACUGAUAAGUGCAAAAAAAGACAGACUCAAUGUUCUCAGAAAACAGUACGAGGCUUAUUUAGUUCGCGUUUACGCUAAUCGACGGCCGCCUAACAGCGUCACCGGGGACAGUGGCAUCGCCAGUCAGAAGGAGGAUAGAUAUACGAGGAAGACCGUCGCGCACCCGGAUUUAGCGGAAACAAGGAGUGUUUCGUCACCGCGAGUGCAUCCAGGAUCGACUGCUCAAGCGAGCCAGCCAAGGUCUACCUCCGCGCCCAAAUUCCACGAUCAGAUUAUCGUAAACGGCGUCCCAUUAAAUAAUCCUCCAUUCUUAUCGACUGCGUCGCCGGGUGCAUCCCUCGGCGUCAAUUAUCAUCACACGAAUAUUCUGCAAGCGCCGCAUGUCUACGCCACGCCGAUCGCUCAGCAAACCAGCGAGCAAUUCGUCCAUCAGAUGCCAGUGAUUUCCGCGCCGGACACUCGUCAGUACUUGCAAACGAUUUCCGGUUACGAUGGAAGCGCGCCUCACAACCUCCAAGGUAUCCCGAAUCUUCGCGUUCCGGCCGCGCCGGUUUUGCCGUCCGCGGACCAGAUUCAACCCGGCGCCGUUCCCGUCAAUCGAUUCUUCAGGGAGCACGUAGAAUUGGCGCAAGCCGCGUCCGGCCUGCCGGCCACGACGCGAUUUCCCGCCGGAGACGCGACGCCGUAUGCGGAAGUGUCGCGGAACGAGCCCGUUCCACCGCAGUUCAACCCCUUGUUUCCGUAUCACAACGCCAAUAUAUUGCUGUCCAGUCCGCAAUCGCGGAUGCGAGAGUACGACCCGUCGGCCAUGGGGCCCACUUCGGCGACCGCAAAGUCGAGCACGUAUCGGGUAGGCCCCGACGUGAACGUCAAUCGAAUCGAUCCGCUGCCCGGAUACAUGGACUACACCCUGGCGAAUCCGCAGAAGUCCGAGGACGAAGGAUCCACGCAUUCGCUCACGAGCGACGACGUGGACGACCUGAUCAAGCGCAACGAGCGUCUGCUGUGGAAGGACGCGAGAAGUCCGCGCUGGUCGCCAAGCGCUUUGGACAUAAAUAACGCUAAUCUGGACGAGAACGGCAGGACGACGGCGAUACUGGAGAACGAGUUGGAUCGAUACAUCAGUAACAUCCGCAAGCUCCAUCGGGAACACGGUGUACCGAGCCUGGAGGAGCUGGACCAUGAGCAGAAUACCAGCGGCGAUCUGCUGAACGUCACCCUGUCGGAAGACGCGUUGGACCUUCCGGCGGAAGAGCGCGCGAAGAAAGAGCGCGUUCCCGAAGAGAUGGGCAGGAUUCUAGCGCUGGCCAGCGAUCUCGCGUCCAGAACGGCGAAUCUGAAGGACGUAGCGCGAGAUGUGACCGUGAAAGAUGGCGGAUCACUCGCGGAAGUCGAGGACGAAAUUAGACAUCGCCAGACGACGGGUAGCGAUGCGCCCAAGGACAAACGCGAGGCUGAAGGACGCGGAACUUCGGCGAGGGACGAAAUUAGAGAGGACGUUGCGACACGCUCGCCGGAAUUAGAGCAACCGCGCGGAAACGCGAAGAUUGCGACAGAGGACUGGAAUAAAGCGGACGAGACGCGAGAGCGCGAUCGGGAAGCGUCUAUUACGAGGAAAGACGACGCGAAAGAUGAAGCGACCGCGUCGUUAAAUAAUAAAUUACAUGUCGACGAACAGAAGAACGCGCCGCAGGAGGGACGAUUGAAUCUUUUCACCGGCAAGGAAUCAUACAUCGAGGAUGUGUUUAACGUCACCGAGGAACUCGCGCCGUGGGAUAUCGCGAGUGUACAGAAGAAAGUUGUAGAAUUAUAUCUGGAUGCCUCAAAUAAAGAUCCAGCGGCAGGAGCGGAAAAGGCAGCUAAUGAGGAGGACGAGGAAAUUGCAAACGAAGUGCACAGCUCGCCGCAGCUCGCCGAGCAAAGCGGCGCGGAUGGUGAAGCGGACGACGCACGUCUCCCGCAGGAUGCGGAAAUAGACACGAAAGGAUCGAACGAAGCGAAUGAGGAUAUCGAAAAAGUAUCCAUUGAGAUUGCAAAUCAAGAUAAAACCAACGAAUCAAAAAUCGCGUCUCAGGCGGAUGAGAAUACGAAUGAAAAUGACAGCAAAAACGAUGAAAUGGCGGAACUACGCACUGAUGAUCAACAUAGAGAUAUCGCAAAGGACGACGAAUAUAAUGUCGAGCAAGGAUACGUCGAGGAUCCGAGCCAAGCGCAGCAGUACGGACAAGAUCCGAACGAGGAAUAUCAAUAUGAGCAGAACGUACCGUACGAAGGCGCCGGUAACGAGGAAUACUCGAGGUACGCUGGUCAAGGAUACGCUCAGGAGGGUCAGGAAUACGUCGAGUACGUGGACGGCCAGUACGAGCAGUAUCAAGAAGAUCCUAAUAAUCAGCAAUACCAACACGAUCCCAACGCGCAGUACGAGCAGCAGGACCCGAAUCAAGCAUACGACUACAACUAUGACCCGAAUCAAGCAUACGCGGGCGAUCAGCAAUAUGAUCCCAAUCAAGGAUACGCGAACGAUCCUAAUAAUCAGGCGUAUGAUUACAUCGAGCAGGUUCCUUACGAUCCUAACCAGACGUACGAUAACGCGUACGAGCAGGAGUACAAAGAACAGCGCGGUCCUGAGGAUUACCUUAACGAAGGUCGCGAAGAGAAACCGGAAACGGAAGAGGCCUCGCUGAGCCAGGCGAAUCCAGAGUCGGAACACAAAUCGGACGGAGACGAAGACAAGCCGCAGCAAGGAGACGCCGUCGACGAAGCGAAUGAGCCGAAGAAGAAGAAGAACGUGAUUAAGUCCUUGCUAGACUCCGACACGGAUACGACGAUCGAGAGAAACGUGUCGAACACGGAGAGUGAUUUCGAUUUUAAUUAACAUGUGCAAUUAAAUUUGAUCUAGAUGAAGGUAAACUGUUAGGAUAUUCGGUUGAUAGGACAAAUUGAUCGAAGAAUAUGAUUAACUCUUGAUUGAUUUUGAUCUUGUUUUAUCGAAUUUUGAUAUGAAUUUCAGGGAGUCGAGAGAAAUAUGGUUUUAGAUGGAAUAUGUGAUGUGUCAGUGUUGAGAGAAGCAUUAAAUUAGAUGUAGAUAGAAAUAAAUUAGAGCAAGCCCGCCAGUAAAACAGAUGUGAGUUGAAAAAGGUCGUGAUUGAAUCUUUACUGAAUUUUAAGGUGGACCUCACAUUUAGUCGAAAGAACCGUCUGGAAUAUGGACAAGAAAUUUUAAUUUUAAUUAGAAUUUUAAUUAAAGUCCGUGCGAGUUGUAGCGGACGACGAGAGUGAUUAAUUUUGCUGGGGUUCCACUCGGAACUUGCCAUCGUAAACAUCAUAUUUACCAAUGUAGGUAUAGAAUAAAAUGGUAAAAACAAGGUAUAAUGGAAAGUACAUAUUAUUUCGUGGACACUUCAUUACUUAUAUUGAGCAGCAUAAUUGGAAUAAUCAAAUCACCAUAUAUGAAUGCGCACAUAAUUGCGAAAAGAUUCAUCUUCAUUAAAAAGAACAUGCUUGGAUACAAUAUAUUAUAAAAAUUCAUUAUUAUUAAAAAUGUAAUGUCUGGAAAAACAUAAGAGAAAGUUUGC